UGGUGCAGCUCCAAGUCGUCACACUCUCAGAAUCGAAGAUGACCGCCUGACGUUCAGAGGGACUUUAAUUUAUCAGCCGACUGAACAAAAGCACAGGGAAUGAGAUUAAAAUAAAAGGAAAUAAAGUCAUCGCUAAACUCAGCUCCUCCUCCUCCUCCUCCUCAUCAUGCCUGUGGUCCACAAGUCUCCCAGUAUACCUGGAUCCAACCCCAAUCAAACGACGUCUCCCCCCUUCACCACCUCCCCGUUCCUCCCCACCAACUCCACCCUCAACCCGGCCGCCGUCGGCGCCGUCGGCUUCAUCAACGACAUCCUCAACAAAAUCCCCCUGCCUCAUUGGGCGAUCUACCUGAUCGCUGCGGCCGGCGCUCUGCUGCUCCUGCUCUGCUGUCUCUGCGUCUGCAUCAAGUGCUGCUGCCGAGACAAGAAGAAGAAGAAGAAGCAGCAGAACAACGAGAAGAUCAACCUGAGCGACGCCAACGGGAAGACCACCACCGCUCUGGUCCAGCCCGAUGUGGGGGAUGUGGAUUACGGCUCGACGAAAAUGCAGAGAGGGAAACUGCUCUACUCUCUGGACUACAACGCCGCUCAGUCUGAGCUCACCGUGGGGAUCAAGCAGGCGGACAGUCUGAAGGCCAUGGACCUGGGGGGCAGCUCGGACCCGUACGUCAAGGUGUACCUCUGCCCGGCCAAAUCCAGAACCGUGGAGACCAAAGUGUUCAAGAACACGCUGAACCCCGUUUUCAAUGAGCACUUCAGCUUCCAGUUGUCGAAGGCGUCGCUGCUGAAGUCGACGGCGGUGAUGCAGGUUUUUGACUUCAACAGAUUUUCCAAACACAACCUGAUCGGAGAGCUGCGUCUGCCGCUGAGCAGCGUCGACUGGAACCACGUCAUCGAGGAGUGGCAGGACCUCGCCGAGCCGGCCAAGUUCGAGGAGGAAGAGCUGGGGGAGAUCUGCUUCUCCCUGCGCUACGUUCCCUCCGCCGCCAAACUGACCGUGGCGAUCCUGGAGGCCAAAAACCUGAAGAGCAUGGACAUGGGGGGGAGCUCAGAGAUGUGUUCUGUUUUUGUUGUAGUCACAGCCACUCCCGGGACAAGUAAAGCUUUCUAUUUUAUCUUUUUCAAUUCCAGUUCAUUCCCACUGUUUACGCUCAGGGUUAAUCAUGUGUUUCUGUUCAUUGCAGAUCCCUACGUGAAGGUGCAGUUGGCUCUGGACAAGAGAAAGUGGAAGAAGAGGAAGACGUCGAUGAAGAAGAGGACGCUGAACCCGUACUACAACGAGUCCUUCACCUUCGAUGUGACCUUUGAACAAAUCCAGAGGGUGAACCUGGUGAUCUCGGUGUGGGACCACGACGCCAUGACCCGUAAUGACGCCAUGGGGAAGAUCUUCCUGGGCUGCGACGCCUCGGGGAACCAGCUGCGGCACUGGGCCGACAUGUUGUCCAACCCGCGGCGCCCGGUCGCCCAGUGGCACAGCCUGCUGACGGCCGAGCAGGUCAACGCCACGCUGACCCUGAAGAAGAAGAUCCCGCUGCAGAGCAAACUGCCCUUCCUCAAGGACACAUGAGGGCUUUCCCCAUGCAGAGAGAGGAGACUUAAAUAACAGUUUAUACGGAAACACAUUUCAGACGAUGUGAUGAUGAACGACACAUCCUGCAAGUCCUUAUAACCAGAAGACAUGUCAAAACUAAGACUUAGUAUGUCAAUACUCACUAAGUUCCUCUAAGCGACGGCUAAUUAGGCCAAAUGAGUGAUUAAUAUUGGGAAACAAUGAUCUAGUAUUCCAUGAUAAGGACUCAUAGUGUCAAAAUAAAGACUUGUGUGUCAAAAAUAGUGAUUUAUAAUUCAAAAUAAUGACCUAGUUUAACAACAUUGGUGAUGUUAAAUGCCAAAACAAUGACUUGAUCCUUUUGUAUGGAAAGCUAAUCCGUCGUCUUAUUUUUGUUCCAGCUCCGACAUCUUCAAGAUAAUCCUGCUCUCCUUAAAUUCAUCCAAAUGAUUACUUUGUAUUUUAGGUGAAUGAUUGUAUUUAUGAUGUAAUGGUGUUUUCAGUAACCUAAGCACUUUGUUCUUCCUGUAUGAAUCAUAUCAAAGGAGACUAAUUCCCCCCUGAUACUCUGGGACAUUUGCUGUCAUUUCUAUUAAAUAUAUUUUAUGAAAUCA